CUAUAUAAAAAUGUCCCUUCAUCAAAUUGGACAUGCCUACAAAUACAGAGCUUCUUAGUGACCGGAUCAUAACAAAGAACUCCCUUGUAAUUAGCCCCAACUCCAAGAUAAACACAUGCAAGUGUCUCAGGAGCAAAUUUGUGUUGAUUAUAAGGUAAAUAAGGGUAGCAUGUGCUGCAAGAAAAUCCAUGGAGGGACACUUCUUAAAAGGCAACUCAAAGGGAGAUUCAGAGUUAACGUUUUCACUAGGGAGGCGAUUAACGAUGUAAACAGCAUGCCAAAAAGCAUCAGUCCAAUAACCGCCACCCGGACAAGCAUGAUCCAUCAUACAAAGACUACUUUCAGCAAAAUGGAGGUGUUUCGCUCCACUAUUCCAUUUUGUUGAUGGGUAUAGAGGCAGGAAAUCCAAAGUCGAAUACCAUGCUCAUGUCAUGAAACUCAUUAUUAAGAAAGCCCUUGCCACCAUCACUAUGGAGAAUUUUAAUAGUUUUACCAAUCUGCUUUUCCCCAGAUUUUUAAAAAUUUUAAAAUAGCUGAUGAACCUAGAGGUUGUUUAUGUUUUGUUCCUACAUCAGAUUUGCAUUUGAUAGUUUGAUUUCUAAUUAUUUAUUUUAUUGGCAUGCAACGUUUUUCUUCCUAUUGUUGACAUAUCUAGGUAGUAGGGCAAGUAACAAAUUUGUCUUGUCAAACACUUGAGUGACAUCUAUAAAUUUGUCAAGUAACCCAUUUUCUACUAAUUAACUUGUGGUCUUGCCACUCUUAACUGCAGCGUCACAUAAUUCUAAGGGUAAAAGGUCGCAUGUGCUAACUAGACCAUUCUUUACAAUCGGUGGAGUUGGCAGACUUUAAAUUUCAAUUACAGGUUCAGAAAUCCUGAAAAUGUGGCAGAAAAGUCGGAAAGGGAACGAUCGAUUAAUUUAUUUUUGGGUUGACCGAUUCAAUUUAGGGAUAUUGGCGUAUUUAAUGUGCAGUGGUUCUACUUUUCUUCAAAGAAGAGGUGCACAGCAUGUUGCGUCAUUUGAUUAUGGCUUCACCUUCCUUGAAUUUUUCUUCUUCUACCAUUGCCUUGUCGUCCUUCGCUGUUAGAAGCAUGCCUCCUUAUUCAUCAAUUAGAUUAGGUCAUCCAGCAGGCAGUUCAUUAUUCACGCUCCAUGAUAUUGAUGGUGAUGAGAAAUUGAUGUUGAUGGGGAUGAGAAACAUCCCCUCUUUUUCCCUUCUCUUUUGGCAAUGGAGAUCACCCUGUCCCUACAAGCACCCUUAUCUCUCCGUAUCUUGCACACCCCCGAUCACGCAGCAACAUCUUAUUAAGGCCCAUGGACUCCCUGAUCAGAGAGCUAAACCAUGCCCUCCAACAUUGAUAUUAAAUCUUCCUUAAUGUCAUUUUGAAAGGCAUCCACUCGAUCGAGACGUGCAUGUUUGGCACUUGUUUCCAUUUUCUCAUUAAAUAGGCCAACCUCCCCAGUGGAGAUUUUGUUAUCUUCCAAUCCCUAGCUAGAAGAAUGGAGAUGGUUUACUCUGUAAUGGUGCCAAUGUUGCUCAGGGUUGGCUUUCCACUCCUUCUCCUCCUUUCCUUCCAUGUCGACCAUGAAAUGAGCAGCAACGACUAUAUUAAUUGCCGCUGCAACGUCACUGCCCAUUACACGGGUGGAAGUAAGUUUGAAAGCAAUAUGCACGGGGCCUUCAACAUCUUAACAAAGGAUGCCCCUCCCAGUGGUUUUGCCAAUGUUACCAAGGGCAAAGGAUCGGAAAGAGUGUAUGGGCUGGCUCAGUGCAGGGGCGACGUUGAUCAGGAAGACUGCAAGGCUUGCAUCCACAAUUCCACCAAAGCAAUCGUUGGCACAUACUGCCCCAGCGCAAUCGAUGCCAUCAUAUGGUAUGAAAAUUGCCAGCUCCGCUACUCCAACAGCAACUUCUUUGCUCACCUCAUUGUCGAGGAUUCUGGUUCUUGGUAUUGGACUGCUGACAAAGUGGAAGAACAUAAAGCCUUCAACCAGAACUUGGGGAGUCUGCUGAAGAAUCUGACUUCUCAGGCGACAACAGAACUUAAUUCAAAGUUCAUGUUUGCUACGGGCAACAUCCCAUCCACCAAUCAAAAGACGAUAUACGGGCUGGUGCAGUGUACCAGGGACACUAGCCUUGCUGAUUGCAGUCAGUGCUUGAUCAGCACCAUCUCCAAAUCCCAUCGACUUGCGAGAAUGCACACGGCUGUGAAAUUGCAACCGGAAGUUGCCGUGUGAGGUUUGAUGCACAGCUCUUUUAUAACAGUACAACAACCCCAUCUCCUCCGCCCAAUUCAUCCCCUUCAUCAAAUCCAAGCCCUCCUUCAAGCGGUGCACCCAACACUACGUUAGACAAGGUGAACCACUCAUGUGCAACAUCUGGGACUAUGAUCGCCAUCUCCACUUUUGCCUUGAUGUCUACAUAUCUGCUCAUGAUAGCAACGUGGUUAUAAAUGAAUAGGGCUGAUCAUAUUUAGUUUCUUUGUGUAGACUAUACAAUAUAUAGUACAUGGUGUGCUUUUUUCAUGUGUGAUCUGUCGGUCCGUUUUCUUGUACAUACCGUAAUCCUCUUGGGAAGUGCUGUUAAGCUAGCUCGUUAUGUUAUAUCUAUAGUUCUUUGCACUGCCUAUAAAGAGUGACAUCCAUGGAAAUUGAAUCAUGACUACCAAGAUGAAAUGCAAGACCCAGCUUUUAUAGUA